GUCUGGUUGAAACAUAGAAAAUUCUUCUCUUGCUGAAGCUAAUGGUCAUAGAAGGUUUUUAGAGUGAAAAAACGUUGAUUAGCUGCUGUGAUUUGUUGAUCUGGCUCUGGUGUUAGUAGGUCUAUGAAAUCAACCCACGUCUUGAAUGGAUUGCAACAUGGUAUCUCCGUUGUGGGACUGGGACCAUUUGAUAAUGCCCAACCUGUCAAAGACUGAAACUGACAAAAAGCAGCCAUCUACUGAUUGGGAGAUUGAGAAAGGUGAAGGGAUUGAUUCUAUAUUUCCCUGUUUUGCUGGUCUGGAGAAAGUCAGUACUGGCUCCAACACUGGUUUUCUGCACACUCCUGUAUCAAAAAGCUCACAGUUGACCUCCACCAACUCAUCAUCACCAAAACUCAAACGAACCAAUCUUGCAUCAGAAAGUUCCCGUGGAGAUUCUUGCAGCAACAUAGAUUUAGACCAAGUCAAGGCGUCCACACCUCUCGAGGUAUCUGUUGCCUCUACUGAAUCAGAUCUUUGUUUAAAACUAGGAAAGCGGAGUUACUCUGAAGAGUUUUGGGGUAGAGACAACAAUAAUGACCUUUCAGCCGUUUCUGUGAAGCUGUUGACUCCAUCUGUUGUUGCUCAGAAGAAAUCCAAAUCUUGUGGUCACAGCAUGCAACUCCCACGUUGUCAGAUUGAUGGCUGUGAACUGGAUCUCUCAUCUGCUAAGGGUUAUCAUCGUAAGCAUAGAGUCUGCGAAAACCAUUCAAAGUGCCCGGUAGUUACUGUGGGUGGCAUAGAACGUCGGUUCUGUCAACAGUGUAGCAGGUUGCAUGCCGUCUCUGAAUUUGAUGAUAAGAAACGUAGCUGCCGUAAACGUCUUUCGCAUCAUAAUGCAAGGCGUCGCAAGCCACAAGGAAUGUUUCCUUUGAAUCCACAAAGGGUGUACAAUCGAAGACAGCAUACGAAUAUGUUGUGGAAUGAGUUGUCCCUUAACACUAGAUCUGAAGAAAACUAUGCAUGGGGUACCACUUAUGAUACAAAGCCUACGCAAAGUGGUUUUACUCUGAGCUUCCAGAGAGGUAAUGACGCUGAGGAGCAGAUGUUUGCUGGUAGCAACCUCUCUUUCUCUGCGCAUCAAACCUCUGGCGGGUUCUCAGCAGGGAAGUCCAGCUUUCAACUUCCUGGCAAAGGUGUAGGAGAAUACUCAGGAGGCCUCCAUGAAACGCAAGAUUUCUACAGUGCUCUCUCUCUUCUGUCAACGUCUUCGGAUUCACAUGGAAUCAAACACCAUCCCAUGUUUGAAUCACAGCCAAUACAUGGCACUUUCUCAUUUCAUAUGAAUGAGUAGUGAAUGCCAAGUCACUCCAUUACAAGUCAGUUUGCAUCCAAUGGGAGUUUCUUUUCGAAUAAAAUUAUAAAACGUGUAACGGCCAUUGUUCAAUAUAAACCGGGUACACUGAUAGCUCUGGUUGUCUCCACUUUUCAAAACCUAUGAAGUUAACUUAUUCUAGGAUCAUGUUGUAUUGUAUGUCUUCUUGGAUUCUGUUGUAUGUCAAUCUUGUUUACUCUCUCAGACAUGUGUUUGGUGUUUCAUAAACAAUAUAUCAA